AUGGAGAUGGUGGGGCUGGAGCUCUUGUCCUGCAAGGAGAGGCUGCAGGGCCGGGGCUGGUUCAGCCGGGAAGAGGGGCGACUGGGAACACCCAACAGUGGCCGUGGACAUUACAUUUCUGUGGAUACAUCUUAUGAGGGUGAGAAAGCAGUGCUGUCCAGCCCUGAGCUGUACUCUGAGGAGUGGAGCUGUGUCAGACUGAUUUAUCAGAUAGCAACGACUUCAGAGGCUUCACCUGAUCCCGCCAGGCUCAACCUGUACCUGAGGCAGGAAGGAGAGAGCUUUGACCGUUUGCUGUGGUCAGCCGAGGAGCCUUCAGACAGCUGGCUCAUAGCUAGCUUAGAUUUAACGAACAGCACAAAGAAGUACAAGAUUGUACUGGAAGGUGAAAUGAGACAAGAUAAAUCUGCCAGUAUAGCAGUUUUUGAAAUUAAAAUAACGCCUGGGUAUUGUAUCGAAUGUGACUUUGAAGAAAAUCAUCUUUGUGGCUUUGUGAACCGCUGGAACCCCAAUGUCAACUGGUUUGUUGGUGGAGGGAACAUUCGCAAUUCUCAGUCUAUCCUGCCCAAAGACCACACACUUAACAGUGAACUGGGUCACUACAUGUAUGUGGACUCUGUUUACGUCAAACAUUUUCAGGAAGUGGCCCAGCUAAUCUCACCGAAGACCACAGUCCCCAUGUCUGGCUGCUUAUCUUUUUAUUAUCAACUUAAGCAGGAGAGUAGCAUUGUUUUUACUGUUUACUUGAGAGACACAAGUGGCUUUUAUGAAGAGAUCUGGAAAACAGACAGUGCACUGAGCGCAGACUGGGCGCUAGCAGAAGUUGACUUCAGUGCGCCAUACCCCAUGGAGGUAAUAUUUGAAGUUGCUUUCAAUAGUGCCAAGGGAGGUUAUGUUGCCCUUGAUGACAUUUCUUUCUCUCCGGUUUACUGCAGCAAUCAGACAGGACCUCCUUUCAAUCCUGCUGAGGCAGGCUGCAAUUUUGAGGAAGAUCUGUGUAAUUUUUACCAGGAUCACAAAGAUGACCCAGGAUGGAGCAGAGUGAAAGUGAAGCGUAACGUGUAUAGAGCAGGAGAUCACACUACGGGAUUUGGUUAUUACUUGUUGGCGAACACAAAGUUUACAUCGCAGCCUGGGUACCUUGGACGUCUGUAUGGCCCGACCCUGCCAGGAAACUUGCAGUUUUGUCUGCGUUUUUAUUAUGCCUUAUAUGGGUUUUUCAAAAUGAGUGGCACUCUUGCUGUUUAUAUCUUUGAGGAGAAUCAUGUUGUUCAAGAGAAAAUCUGGUCUGUCUUGGACUCUCCAAAGGGAGUUUGGACUCAAGCUGAAAUCUCCUUCAAAAAGCCCAUGCCUUGCAAGGUUGUCUUUGUCAGCUGGUGCAAAAGCUUCUGGGACUGUGGACUUGUAGCACUGGAUGAUAUAUCAUUCAGCCUGGGAAGCUGCCAGGCUGCUGAUCUAUUGCUGACCAAUCCUGGAGAGUGUACUUUUGAAAAAGAUGAGUGUGUGUUUACCCAGAAGAAGAGAGGUCGUGGGAGUUGGCACAGAAGGAGGGGUCCAACUCCCACUUCUUACACCGGACCGAAAGGAGACCACACUACUGGGGUAGGAUACUACAUGUAUAUAGAGGCAUCCAACAUGGUCUAUGGACAGAGAGCAUACCUAGUUUCAAGAUCACUAAGAGGAAGUGGAAAACAGUGCUUGACAUUUUUCUAUCACAUGUAUGGAGCUGGGACUGGAUUAUUAAGUGUUUAUCUAAAAAAGGAAGGUGAUGAUGAAGAGAUUCCUUUGUGGAGGAGGACAGGGGAACAAAGCAUCUCAUGGUUAAGGGGACUGAUAGAAUAUGAAAGCGAUAGAAACUACCAGAUUAUUUUUGAGGCAAUCCGUGGUGUGUCAAUGAGAAGUGACACUGCUAUUGAUGACAUUCUGUUCCAGGCAGGACCCUGUUUAGUAUUUCCCCCUUCUUUGUAUUCUAGAAGUGGAAGAAAUUCAAUUCUCAUCAGGCUAUCCCGACAACUUAAAUGAAAUUGAGUAUUAAAUACAGUCUCCUGAAAGGAAUGAAGUGUGUAGAAGAUUUGUGUGUGAGAAACUGCACAAACUGCCUAUUUUAAAAUAUUUUUUAAGUAAAUACUGGACUGGUUUGAAUAUACACCAAUAUAUAGGAAGAACUCAGAGCACUCAUGUUCCUUGCCUUUGCAAUGAAAUUAUCGACUCAGGGCUUCUUAGACUGUUUUUUUUCUCUUUUGCAUGAUAUAUCAGUUAUUAUAUAAAGGCUUCCCAUUUUGCACAGAUCAGUCAUUUUAAUGCUUUCUUUUUUUCUUUUUUUUUUUAACCUUUCUGGUAUAUAGUUAAAAAGAAGAAAGUAAGGGUGCACAAUUAAGAUCCAAUAUUGUGUUAUUUUAAAUCUGCAUUCAGUGAAUGUUUUGUG